GUGGCUGUAAUAUUAUUUUAAGACUAAUAAAAUGUGUUAUAGAACAAAGAGAUUGAGAACCACUGACGUAAAGUAAUUAUACAUUCAAAGACGAGCAGCAGAAGUUUUCACAAUUGAUAUGCCUAAUGUUUCUGCCUCUUUGUAUUUAUCAAUGAGUCGUAACGUCAACGGCCGCCUCUCACUAUUUCAACAUUGUGUAGAUUCGUUUCUUGUCUGUUUAAUUAUUCAAUGUACUGGGACAAAGUCAUUGAGUAAUGUUUGUAUUAUGCUGAAGAACUGGACGUCAAAAGAUUAAAAAACGAAAUGGGAAGACGAUACUGGAUCACGCAUGAAUGAACAGAAAUAAAAUAUUGUCAUAGACAAACGAAUUUAAAUUUGAAGAAACAUUUUCUGAAAGCAUCGUAACCUUGAAGUGUAUUUUGGAUCACCAACACUGUUUCAUGGUGUAUUUUUUUUUUCGCUUGAUUAGAAACAAGUUCAAAGACAUCAGCGAACCAAAAAAUCACUGACUCUUGCAAGUUACAAAACAAAUCAAGAAUCUACACCAUACGGAUUAAUUAUGUCAAGUCUUCAAGUUUCGCAGUUAUUUCACAGUCUAAAAGGACUAAUGAUGAGUAUUGUAUGGGCUUAUUUGACGUUUAGUUUGAUUGUGGGUGUACAAACAACCACCACCACAGAAAGUACUACAACAGGCGAUUCAGAAAGUACUACAUUAGAAACUUCAUUAACCGCCACUACUACAGAAUCCACAACCACAACAGCAUCAUCUACAACUACAACUGAAGCCCCUACUACAAUUACUUCCGAAACGACAACACUUUUAACAGAUACCACCACAACUCCUCAAGCUACUACGACAAAAACAGCAGCUGCCUCUUCUAUAUCUGAAACAACUACAGCUGCACCAGCUUCGACCACCGCAUCCAGCUCCAGUGAUUCUUCCACUUCGACCACAACAGCUACCACCGCAACGACAACAGCGUCCACUGCCGGUUCAACCUCAACUACUACUACAGUAACCCCUGCUUCUACAGCAACCACCUCUAGCGCAGCAUCCACUGCUAGUACUGCCUCUACUGCGAGCACAGCUUCCACUGCAACUGCCAGUACAUCAUCAACGCCAGUUACAACCACAACUUUACCAACAACUACAACUACGGUUGCUCCAGCCAUGUGCUACAGUCACAGUUGUGGAGGUAAAAAUUGCCUCAAGGACAAGAUUUCUAAUGGAACUGUUGAUAAGUGUCUCAAAGGAAAUUUCCCCUGCAAGAUAACCGUUGUCAAGACAACCACUCAGUCUAACAACUACACUGUCCUUGCUACAUGUGGAACUGAAGACUGCAGUAGCUAUAGUUAUAUCUCUGUAGGGGAGAACAGCACGACCACGUGGUGCUGCUCCUCCAGUCUAUGUAACAUUGAAGGACUUAACCGCGUGUCUGCUCCUACAGCCUCCAUCUUGCUAGUCUCUGCGACAUUGUUCUGGACGCUGAUCUCCAUAGUCUACAAGCCUUAAAACAACUGCAAUAAAGCUAUGCUAAUGUAUUCAUCCUUUUAAACUGUGCAAUGUUGCCCUCAUACACAUAACACAUUUGUAAUCUUUGACAAUAGUGGGCAGGUGUGCAGGAAGAAGAAUAUGCCCUCACUAUCACAUCUUCCUCCCCACCCCCACCCCAAUGUGAAAACAAAUACCAUUCCAUAGUACUAUACUUUAUUCAAAUAUGUAUACAUGCAUGUGCUGUCUACAUAACAUAAUUACAAAUACAUAUACUCUUUACAUACAUAUCUAUGCAUGCGCUGCCCAUAGACAUUUACCCACACAUAAGCUGCCUACAGACAUAUUUACCCACACAUAAGCUGCCUUCAGACAUAUUUACCCUCACAUAAGCUGCCUACAGACAUAUUUACCCACACAUAAGCUGCCUGCAGACAUAUUUACCCACACAUAAGCUUCCUACAGACAUAAUUACACAUAGGCUACAUUACAUAUACUGUCUACAGACAUAUUUAUCCAUACAUAAGCUGCCUACAGACAAAUUUAUUAUUUACCCAUAUUUACAUAUCUAUGCAUACAUACAUAUUCUGCCUGUAGUAAGACAUGAUGUAUAGUGUUGAUACAACUGUUUUACGUACACAAAUCUAUAUUUUAUUUAUCUCCCCUGUUGCUUGUUACUGAUGGUCAAACGUCUGUGAUUCAAUUCAACUGCUUCUAUUUUUUCUAACAAUAUAUUGGCUAUGGUGACGUCAUUUGUUAAGUCGUUGGCGAACCGUGGAAAUAAAUUGUAAAAAUGACAUCAUCAAUGUAAACAAUGAAAUUGAUGAUUGAUUGAUACACAGCCCUAGACAUUUUUUUUUCUUUAGCCUCUAAGUCUCAACAAAAUGUAUAUUAAACAUUAAAUAUGUAUUAGAAAGAAAACAAUUCAAGUGAAAAUGGUUACACUCUUUAUAAGAAAUCUCUAAAUCCAACUGAGUUUAUUUCUUUCUGAAAACCAAGCAAGAAUUUAAAUUAACACUAAAUGCAAACUUUCUGUAACUGAACUAGACCUAGAUUUGAUAAUUGAUGCUCUGGUUGUUUUUAUUGAAAUUCCAUUUGUAACCAAAAGUUGAGUUUUAAAGUUUUAUGACUACUGCCGGAAUUCACUAAAGCAGUGAUGCCCAAACUACGGCCCGCGAGCCAGAUCCGGCCCGCGACGUGGUUUGGACCGGCCCGCCAAAACAUCGGCACAAAAUAUAGGGGAAAAAAAGGUAGAAAAAUGUAUUUUUUUCUAUGAUAGGACUCUAGCUUUUUGUAUGGAUUUCAUUCUAAUCUAUUUUCUUGUAAUAUUCGUGUUAAUUUUCUUUUCUACAAGAACACAAGGUUGUUGUUUUUUUUCGGCAACAAGAAUUGACAGUUGUUUUAGAGUCUUAGACAAUACCCGCGGCUGUCUAGAGCUAACCGUGUUCUUGACAUGUCAUGUGUGUAACACUGCACAUCUUUUCUGCAUCAUUUUGGUUCGUGUACUUUUGACACAUGAUUGGUGCCGUUCCUUGUAACAUUUGUACGUUUAUGAAAUAGAAGAGUCGAAGAAACGAAAAUUGUUGAAACUUCCAGGACAAGUGGACAGAUCUUCUUUCUUUGUUGGUGGAACAUACUAAGCCAACAUGUUUGAUCUGUAAAAUGUGACUGUUUUUAAGGAACAUAGCAUAAAAGACAUUGUAAAACAAACCAUUACAAAAAUAUUGUGGCAUUAAUGGUUGAGUCGCCAAGAAAAUAUUUACUAAGAAGUCAAGAGAAUGAGUCGACUGUAAUGGAUGCUACAGAGUUGCUCACAUUAACAAGAGAAAUGAAACAUAAAAAGGUGCUUGCUUGCAGUGAUGGAAUUAAAUCGGCCUGAAAAAAAAAUGAAGCUGUGCAGCCUUUCUGGCAUGACAAUAGCAAAACGAGUCGAGCAGACGAUGUUGGUGAAAAUCUCCAUUCAAAACUAAAUGACAGAGCAGCAGAUUUCGAAAUAAUUACUAUUGCUGCUGGAACUGAUUGACUUACAAAUCCAGAUUUCAAACAAUGCAGACAAUAGAUUUCUAUGCCAGGUUGUCUACAUAAGCCUUACACAUUUGCAAAAAAAAUUUGAUUUUUUGAUCACAAUGUUUACAAGCACUUAUUUUAGUAGAAAACUUUUUCAGGUAUAAGACAUCCUUGAAACCCUUGUUACGUAAUUGAAUUAUGGUGUAAUUAGGCCUAUUGGAGCCACGAAAUUGUAAUAUAACUAUUUAAAAUGGUUUGUUUUCUAUUUCAUUUUUGGUAUCUUUUGUUAAUAUGGCCCGCGACACGAUUGUUAGAAAUUAAAAUGGCCCGCAGACCGUAUGAGGUUGAGCCUCACUGCACUAAAGAAUCAAUUAACUAGAAAUACUUGUAAAGUCUAAAUGUUAUUUUAAAAGAUAUUUUAGAAAAAUACAAAAUAUGUUUAAUUUCUAAAAAUAAUGUAUAACCGUGUUUAAAAAAAGAGAAUCUUACACAGAUUUUUUAGGGGAAAACAUGUGUUUUCUACACAUAAUUCUUUACUUUAGAAACUUUAUAAAUAAUAAACUAUAUAACAAUGUCGUUGGUGAUGACAAAGAAGAUAUUAGUUGGUCCCUGGCUAUUUGAUUUUCUACACAGGCUUUCUUGAGAUGCAAGAUUUUAAUUAAGCUUGUGAAGGUCCAUUAUACACUGUUUUAAUGUAAUAUCUUAGAAAAUGUGUGACACUUUGUUGAUACAUUUUUAUUUAUCUUUUAUUAAAACCAUUAUUUUUUAUUUAACAUUAUUUCUGCGACAUUCCAUGAAAAUAUUACCUUCCUUUAUGCUAACUUGUAUUUAUGUUGCUAUUUCAAAACAUCUAAGUGUACACACACACACACAAAGUGGCACAAUGUGUUUGACAUCUGACAUUCAUAGACCUACAACCAUUUUCUUAGACCAUAUAUUCUUGAAAGAGACAUGGACUUUUCAAUGGGAAACUAUGAAACGAAUUAUUUUGUCUUAAUCACCAGAAUUCACAAUCAAUUAUCUUAGCCAUGCUAUGUGAUUUCCCUUUAGCAAUAACAAACCAAAGUAGAAACAUCAGUCCCCUGUACAUCAUGACAAUUAUAUUAUAAGAGUUUCUUCAGUUCUGCAAUGUCUUUAUUUUUUAGUUUGUGUUGAUCAAUGUUUCCUAUGUUCUUUGUUCAGGGAGUGUCUCCUAUGACGUUGGUAACUUUGUUAUCCAGAUAUUAGUUGUAUGUUGUUUAGUUUCGUUUUCUUCAGUGAAAUUUUGUGAGGCUGGCUACAUGUAUUAUAUUUUUUGGUACGCAGGUGGUCAUCACAAACAUUAUUCUUUAUAAGUAUUAGGUGGUGUUUUUAUUGUGAUGAGGUUCUUUAAACCAACAUAAAAUAAAUAUUUUAAUAUUUAGUUGGUAUAAAACAGAUUGUUCCUUUUAUUUUUUAAAAUAAUACAAAUAAUUAAAGCAAUAUUGGGGUUAAUGUAACAUCUUAAAUUGUGUGUAUGUUAAUAUUAACACAAAAUAAUGUGCUUUUUUUUCUUUGGGCUCUUUAAGUAAGAAGAAUCAUAACUGCUGAUUUCGUAUGUCAGAUUACAUAAUCUCCCUUUGUAUAAUGUAAAUACAAUGGAGGCUACUGUGUUGGUUUUCAUAAAAUUAUUCUUCUCGGUAUUAUUAUUAAAUAUAAGUUCAUACUAAUGAUAUUUUCAUACUAUAA